UGAGAAACAACUUUUGGAAAGCAAAAAAGAAAUACCAAAAUUUGUUUCAAAGGAAGCUAAACCAAACCCUCCAAUAUGGAUGGCGAAAUCAUUAGAUUUAUCAAGGUGUUGCUCAUAUGCAUGGCAUCUCUAUUGUAUUGCUAUUCCAUAGCUUCAAAACUUCCCAAAGGCAAACUCAGGCUCCUCUCCCUCCUCCCAAUCUUCCCUCUCUUUGUCGUCCUCCCUCUCGACCUCUCCUACGUCGUCCUCACGAGCGGCAUCACCAUAUUCGUCACUUGGCUUACGACCUUUAAGCUCCUUCAGUUCUCCUUCGAUUUGGGUCCGCUAGCUUCCGACCCACCAUUGUCAUUCCCUCUUUUUGCCUCCAUUGCUUUCUUACCAACUAGAAUCAAGGAUAUCAAAACAACCCCAUCUGUUCAAAAUCAUAGAAAAGAUUCAAAUACACCUCAAGAACUUGACCAAGAACCACCACCCAAGUUGCCUCUAAACUUGCCAGCUAAAGUGGGGUUAUUUGCAUUAUUGGUCUUCGGCAAGAGUUAUGUUGAUCUUGUCUCUCCCAUUGUCAAGUUAUGCUUCAAUUGUGGAAUAUUGUAUUUCUACUUAGACAUGGUUAUGAGUUUGUCCAAUAUUUUUGUUCGAUCGAGCUUCGGUGUUGAAGUCAGACGAUCAUUCGAUGAGCCGUAUCUCGCAACGUCAUUGCAAAAUUUUUGGGGCCGAAGGUGGAAUCGAUUGGUAUCAGAAACUUUACACAACACGAUCUAUAAACCAGUUCGUUAUGACGUCGGGAGCCCACGAUGGAUGGCAGUGUUUGUCGUGUUUGUAGUGUCGGGGUUGAUGCAUGAGCUUUUGUUCUACUACGUCAUCAGAGUUGUCCCAACGUGGGAAGUCACAUGGUUCUUUAUUGUUCAUGGAGUGUGUGUGGCUGCGGAGAUUGAAUUGAAGAGUGCAUUGGGAAAAAAAUGGCAUUUCCAUGGAGCAGUGACUGGACCGCUCACGAUGGCGUUUAUGGGGGUCACCGCUCAUUGGUUGUUCUUUCCACAACUAUUGAGGAUGAAAUACUCUCCAUUAUGGUAAGUGUGAUAGAAAAAUUUCUAGUAUUCUGGUAGUAUGCAUUAAAUCUCACAUCAUUAAUGAUGCCGACGUGGCUCAUAAAUAAAGGCAGCUUAUGUU